CGCUCGGUAGCUCUAGGGGACACGCUUGUUUUCGCUUACCUAGUCACGAAGUAAAGCAACGCUCUAGAGGACACUUACCUUGCGUCGCACUGUGCAAGCCCCGCUCCUAAAGAGGGCGCAGCAACCUUCCGUAAAAUAGCUUGCUUAUAAGCAUAGAAGGCACGAUAGGUGUCCGUCGUGCAACGCAUCCUCCUGGCCGCCGUCUUGAGUGCUUGGCCGGACCCGAGCGUGCCAAGGAGCAGAGGAGCGAAAAGGGGCCCUCCGGGCCCCCCUGGAAUUUACAGCAUGACCGCUGCUCUGAGCGCAGCAUCCAAUAUUCUCCUGGCACACGAAUGAGGCCCCACCGGACCGCGAGGGGUACAUGCGCCAGCUGUUGCGCCUGCUGCUAUAUUUAGCAGCGGGCGCUGUCAUAUUUCUGCCUUUUGGCUGGUCCUCCUACUUUGAGUCGGCACCUAGCUGCGGGUAUACACAGCAGGAAAGCUUCGUCCAUUUUGAAACAAGCCCGGAGCUAUUAAAUGAGCCUUCCUUGGGAGUCUGCGGCUGGGGCUUCGCCGAUAUUCCGCAGCUGCACUCUCGCGUGGACCGCUGCGUCUCGUGCUCCUUCACGUCGGCCGAUAAUCCAGCCUGCUCGAAUGGAGUUCUAGUUUCGCAACCGGAGUGGCAUCUUGCUAGCCAUGUGGAUUGCGAAUGGCAGGGUUGCUGGUUCGGCGGUGGGUCGUGUGUUAAUGGAACAGCGGAGACAACCGCUCUCUGUGCUGAGACCGGCUUCAUCGCCCCUCGUUGCUGCCCCUUCAAGCGAUACAUCCGCUGCUGUCGGUUGCUGGCAUGUACUCAGCGUACUAUCCCAGCGGGACAAUGCGUCGUCGGAGACAAGGACUUGCUGCCGGAGCAGAAGUUCAGCAGCCGAGUGUACGCGGUUUCGACGACGUCAUCGGACUGUUACGCAUACUCCUUUGAGACAACGCGGACUUGCAGAGCAAAUCGCACGCUGUCAGCCGGCAACUUUUAUGAAUCCUGCGAAACACAUCCAGUCGGCAGAGAUGCCGAGGGUUGCGCUAAGCUACCCGGCUACACGUUUUACCGGGGCUUGCUUGUCGCAAAUGCUUCCACCUGGAGGCUCCGUGACAACACAGAAUGGAGCCUAAUUGCGGGUGGUGCUGCUGCGGUGCAACAGGCGGCGAGUGACAUGCCGCUGAUGGCUGGUCGCUGCUCGGCCACAGCGUCUUGCGCCGCAUUCCAGAACACCGGCAACAGUACCGACCUGCUGUAUCAGCUGCCAUUAAGCAGUUACUGGGUGCAGGCGGAUUCGUCCUUAGGCUACUGUGCUGGCAUCUAUGCCAAGUCCUCACCUUCAAACAGCUGCGCGCGGAUUCACGGCUACCUGUUUGCAUCCAUGCGCACCCUGCAGCUAACCUCCAGCAGCGGCUUCACCGUGUCAGCUAGCAGCAGCCCUUGCAGCGAUUGCAGCAGCAGCGCCGCUCUAGCUGCACAGUGCGACGCCCACGUCGGCGCAAGCGGCAGCAAUGACUGCGCAGGGUUCUCCAAUUACCACGGUCUCAUCAUCGGCAGCAGCGGGCUCUUGACGGACCAAGCCAUGACCACCUUUACAACCACGCCGUGUGUCGGAAUGUACACGCGUGUUGGGCCCGUCUUCCCCCAGGAGGUGGAGGACCUGGACAAGAUGCUCUGCGGCGACCUCGUCUACUGCACCGGCCAACUCCGCUACCACGCAUCCAGCCAAUCCCAGCCCGGCACGUCGUCCACCAGUUACUACGUAGAUAUUUCUAUUGACGUCCUCACGGACCUGACCCUUCCACGCGGCCUGCUGGACGCAUCUGGCGGCGGGCUGCAGCAAAUCCCCAACGUACGCUCCCUAACGUUCCGCUGCCAGGGAGGCAGCAGCAUGCUGGGCGGCCUGCCCGUGGGCCUGGUCGCGCUCAUGCCAUUCCUGCAGGAGCUCCGAGUCAUAGGCUGCCGCGUCACAGGCACGUUGCCAUCGCAACUAUCGCAGCUGCGCUAUCUCCGGGUGCUCGACCUCAGCGACAACAGCCUCACCGGCGCGCUACCGGAAUCCUGGAGCAACAUGACGCUCGGCUACCUAAAUCUCUCGUCUAACGGCCUAACCGGCACUUUGCCCGCUGCCUGGCUUGACAUCAUUACGCAGCCAACCACGGCUCCCCCGCCACCGCCUGCACCCACCUAUUCUGCAUCCCCACCGCCCUCCCCGCCGCCAUACGCAUCUUCCUCCCUAGCUGGCCAGCUUGGCACGCAAUCGGCGCAGCUGGUUGCGGACUUGAGUAGCAACGGUCUAACGGGUGCCGUACCUCGUGAUUACGUGUACAAGAGCUGCGUGUCGAGGCAUCUACGCAUUCAGCUGCGGGGCGAGCCGAGUUCUGAGCUGCUAGCGGCGCUGGGCUCGGACGACCAGGCCACGUUCUUGCUGCAGGGCAACCCUGGGAUUGAGCUGUGGUCCGGGCGCUAUCAAUACGCGGUGGCAGACCUCGGGGGAGCGCUCGCGGGCGGCAGCAGCAACCUGUGCGGAUCCCACCAGUACAAGAUCGCGUUGGGCGUGCUGUGGGGCCUCACGGGCCUCUGCAUGUUCCUCAUCAUGGGCGUCAGCUCCUGGCGCGCAGCCCGAGCCCCGCGCCGGAACCGCGGCGGUUUCAUCAGCGACGCGGACAUAGCAGGACAGGUCGGAGCGGAGGGAGCCAACGCGGAUGGCACUGCCAAAGCCGCCGCCGCAAACCACAGCCUUGCCGCUCGCCUGUGGGGCCGGCGUUGGGUGCGGCGACUGGCGCUGCUGGUGCGGGUGGGCUACCUAGCAGCUGACGUGGCGCUGGAUGUCCGGGUAGCCGCCUGGCUCUGGAGCGACGGUGAUGGGAGCGCAGCAGCGGUGUGUCUGGCCUUCAUCCUGGUCACGCAGGCGGCUGUGUCGGCGGCACUGCUGGCGUCGGUGUGGCACCACCUGUUCUCCAGCAGGCUGCUUGUGGCGCUGCUGUCGCCGCUGCUGGUGGCGGUGGGGCCGCUGGUGGGGCCGGUGCUGGCGGUGGCCAACAUCAAGAACUCGGACGUGCCGCUGGUGUUCUGGCGGUACUUGGAGCUGGUGGAGUUUUGCGUGGCGCUGCUGCAGGCGCCCGCCGAGUCCGUCACGCAGAGCAUCGUGUACGCGCGGCAGAACCUGAUGGGCAACGGCAUGUACAUGGACCACGGCCUGUUCGUGGCGUCCAUCAUCCUGUCCAUGGGCGACAUGCUGAUUGCCCUCUUGAAGCUCUGCAGCUACAAGCGCGGUCCGUUUCGGAGAGUGCUUGUGGCGAUCACCCACUUGGACAAGGUGCGCGACCCGGUGGAUUACCGGCGACGGCUGCUCGGGCCCGUGCCCGAAAGCCCAACCACUUCCUACCUGGAGACGCCGCUCAACCCGCCUGGAGGCGCUGCCGGCCGCGGGGCAGCCUCUCUCGCAACCUCCGCCACACCCUCCCGAGAUGUUAGCGUACGGCACCUGUUGGCUGCCGGAAUGGAGUCCUCACCGCUGCCGCCGCCCUCUCCCAUGUCGGACACAGCCAGCAGCGAACAGCAGCAGCAGCAGCUUCAAGACGCGGCGUCGGAAAGCUCGGGUCUGGAGUUGCAAACCAUCAGCGGUACAGCGGUGGCGCAUACCUUCACGCCGCUUACAGCGCCCCGGUACCGGCCGUCGCUGCUGGCUACCAGCGCGAAUCGGCUGGCUGGUCCCAGCGGGCCGGUUGUUGUCGGAGGCUUUGCACCUCCCGUGCUCAGUCGGCUGGCGCCGCCGAACAGCGGCCGGACCUCAUGCGUUACCAUUCCCGCCCAUCCGCCGCUUAAACCGCUGUUGCCCAGUCUCCCGGUAACGCCCAGGACGACCGAACGCGGCGGUAGUGACGCUGGCAGCGGCUUCGGAGGUGCUACAGCAGCGGAGGAGUUGGCGGCAGGUCCGGGGCCUGGAAGCCAGUCCCUAGCCUCGGCAGGGACAGUGUCAGGAAUGCAGGCCGAGCAGCAAUCAUGUGGCGCAGCUGCCGGCCUGGCUGGAAGCUGCACUGGCGGCAUGGACCGACCCCACCGCAGCCUCCAGGAGGGCUUGCAGCCGCAACCCCCACUGGGCACCUCUGUGCGCCACUCGUUAGUGGGGUCGCUGUCUUCGGACGCGGCAGGCAUGGCCGGAACCGGCGGCGUGGGGCCACCCUCCUCCACAACAGGCAAGCCGCUGCUGACGCCGGUUGCCGACAGCCAGGGGGGCGCCUCCUCGCUCCGCCCAGUGUACAGCGCGUCAGCACGCAGCACCGCGUCUUCCGACAGCUGUAGAGCUAACGAGGCCGCGGCGACGGCGGCAGCAUCCCCGGCGCCACCGCACUCCUCGUUACCUCCUGUUGGACCAUCAGGGCCCGACGAGUCCAGGUACCUCGCAUCUGCAGCGGUAGCGGCGGAGGCGGCGCUGUCGGAAGCGGAGCCCGCUUCCUCUUCGGGCGGCCCGGGUCCUGGGGCGCUCUCGCCUGCAGGGCUUAUACCGAGUCCCAGGGGGCUCAUGGGCAGCGUCAGCGCCGGUCCGCGGCGGCAGGUUUCGCUCCGCAGUCGCAACGGGUCGCCUGCGCGGCGGCGAGAGGGGCCGUCGCUGUCAAUUGCCGUGCCGGCUAGCUCGGUGCCGGACCAGGGCAUUGAGGUCAUUCGCAUGUCUACACAAAGCAGUUUGCAUAAUAUGAGCCCCGCCUCCUCUCGAGGAGCCUCCACACCCACCGAUUGGCUGCCACGACCGCCGCAGCUGCCUCCAUCCUCCGCAUCACUACCAUCGGGUGCCGCGCUGUCCCUGCCGCAAUCGUCGUCGAUAGCAACUCGGCGACGACAACAGCAGAGGCAGCAAGAGCAGAGCCCGCAGCAGCCGCCUGAGGGGUGAAGACGAGAAGAGAGAGAUUAAACUAGGAGCUCUGGGUGCCGAGGCCCGGUAAUUCAUGUGCUUAAGCAGCGGAGGUCAGCUGCCAUUGCCACAAAAGCCGCAUCGCAGCGACCCAUGACGUUCAUGGUGGUGCGUGCAACCCUUACGGCAACGGAUGUGCAUCGUGAUGCGCCGUUUGUUAUAGCCCCACGCCGGCGGCAGUGGCAGCGCACGAUAUGGAUCUGGUGCGACUAGCGUACGAUAUGUAUGUGAAUUGGGGUAAUUAUUCGGGGUAUGGGGCCAGAAGGACUAGUAAAAACUGAGGCGGGGCAUGCUGACCGUUAGUUCGGGCGGACCGCGCCGUUUUGCGUUCGUAAACCAUCUUCAUUGCGUCCUUGACAUGGGCGUCAUCCGUUUGCGCAUUGUACAUGCCUCGGCGCGGAUCCGUUCGUUGGCUUCAUCCCCUGCGUGAAUGGAAGAAUAACGCACACUAAAGUUGUAGUCCCGCUGUUUUGCUGAGACGCGUGCUCAUAAGCGUGCGAUGGCGGACCAAGAGGUUGUAGCAGUGUUUGGUCGUUGGUUAUGGUUGAAGCAUGCAUGCAGCGCACGACAGGGCAGCCUUGUACUCUCGUUGUUGUUACAGCGCGUCGCGGUGCGGUGCAUCGCGAGGCUCACCGGCUUGGGACCAAGAGCGACGUAGCAUUGUAUGGUUGCGUAGGUUGGGUUGAUCACACAGUUGUGAGGAUUGGUUGCGUUGAGCUUUUGCCAAGUUGUGCCUUGCGCGUGUGACGCUGCCUGCUCGCCUCGCUGCCGUGUUUGUGCGGGUUCCUUUGCUAGUGUUGCUGACAGUGAUACAACACAGGGGGUCGAGGAUUGAUGUGAGCCAAAGCGCCGGUGCAGCCCACUGUUUGAGAUCGUUCUCGGGGGACCACCAACUUUAUAGUGAUGUUACAACUAGAUGUGAUGACACUCUGUUGGCAUGUCGCUUGAGCCGCGCGCUUGUCCCCGUGCGUGUGCUUGUGGACUGCUUGCGCUUGUGCGUGCGUGGGCCUGCCUGCCGUGUCGUGCGUGCGUUUGUGUCCCUCACAACUAGGGUUUAAUUCGUCCGUCCGUGUUCGUCCAUGCAAUAGUUUGCCUCGUCUGCGUCCCGUGUCCUAGACGCUAACAAUGGGGGAGGAUGUACGACGAUCGGGUAGCAUACGCGAGCGUGUGCGCGCAUUAGCUGCCCUAAUGGCGCAUUCCGGCUUCAGGCUGAUGCUGUAUCCAGGCUGCUGACGGGGUGGCCUGCCGUGAUCGUUUCUCUCUUUUGGUGUCUGGUGUUGUGUACACACGGGCGCGCUUAGGUGGUGCGUGCGGCCUGACAUUAAUGCGUGUGUGCGUGUGUACGGUGAGUGUUCGACAGUUGUGCAUGUGCUCCUGGUAAAGCAGGACGGUUGGGACGCCCCCGGCAUACCGUGCAGGGCUCUAGCAGGUUGGGGGAUAGGGUGGUUGUUGAUGAGUAUGCAGGCUUGCAAACAGAGGAGGCCCUGGGGACGACGUGCGUUUACCGUAGUACCUUGCUUGUACCUACCGACUACUUGGGCUUUUGCUGGGCUGUGCUACGCAACCGCCGGGUCGGUUGCCGGACACGUGUGUGGAGAUGUGUGCGGCAUGUGUGCCUGCGCAAGGCAUGACCUGGUACAGAGAUCGUGUAUAUGUCACACUCGCGAUUGACAUACAUGAAUGGUGGUAAAUGACGUACGGUAUACGUGUAGGGAGGUGGGCGGCGACGAACCUGCAAAGUGGGCCAGCUGCCCGGCUGUGGCGCCCGUGCGGGCGGCAGCUUUUGAGGUUCUCGUCGCCAGGUCGCCAGAGAUCGGGGAGAGUGUAGGAGCACACCAUCCAUCCAUGCAAGACGCCUCCGGCCUUGACUGCAGCUGUACCCCAGGGCGGCUGUGUUGUAGAGCAGCCGCCCGUUACUUCAUGUGUUUCUUCAUUCGUCCUCAUAGUGACUCUUUUGUGUAGAUGAUGUUAAUAAACUCCUAGACCCAUGUCGGUGGCCGCCUUUGGGGAUGGGGCGGUAGAGCGUGGCCUAAGCCUAGGCGAUGUACGGGAGUGGCGGUUACUAACCGUGUGCUCCACAUGUAAUUCUCAGAGUAUUAA